AUGGACGAUGGAGAUAGUUAUGAUCCUCGACAAUCGCGCGUAGUCUCUCAACCUGCUCCUCUCUUAGAUCAAUCCCAUUUACGUCCGGGAGAUCAAGCAUCUUUACUCUCUCAUGACAGAACACUCGAACUUUAUCGUGAAAAUGCCAAAAAAACAAACGACCCAGAACUCAUGUUUGAAUUCGCUGUAUUCAUGAUCGAUGCCGCUAAAUCAAUGGUUCCUCCUGAAGAACAACGAGAUCCUGCUCAGAGUGCGAAGAUCAACGCUUUGAUAGAGAAAAGUGAAGAAUUGACAAAAGAAGCCACCGCUUUACUCAAAAAAUUAGCCGAUAGAGGUUAUCCAGACGCGCAAUACUAUCUCGCAGAUUGUUAUGCGAAUGGUAUAGGCACGGUCAGAGGGAGACAAGAUUUCGAUAGAGCUUUCCCCCUUUUCGUUUUGGCGGCAAAACAUGGUCAUCCGGAUGCUUGUUAUAGAGCUGGAACAUGUUGUGAACAUGGUUGGGGUACAAGAAGGGAAAGUGCAAAAGCUGUGCAAUUUUACAAAAAAGCAGCAGUCGCUCUUCAUCCUGGAGCAAUGUACAGACUCGGCACUGCAGAACUCAACGGCACUUUGGGUCUCACUCGUAGACCUAAAGAAGGGGUCAAAUGGUUGAAACGUUCUGCCGAACAUGCAACAGAAGAAUAUCCUCAUGCCUUACACGAGCUAGCCCUUUUACACGAAAGAGGUAUCGAAAAUGUCGUUUUUGUCGACAAUGACUAUGCUGCAGAAUUGUUAGCACAAGCCGCCGAAUUGGGUUAUGCACCAAGUGCAUUCAAAUUGGGUGAAUGCUAUGAGUAUGGGAAAAUGGGUUGUCCAGUCGAUCCAGCAUUGUCAAUACAUUACUAUAACAUUGCAGCAACUCAAAGCCAUAUCGACGCGUGUUUCGCCUUGACCGCAUGGUAUCUCGUUGGAUCACCUGGUGUAUUACCUCAAUCCGACACUGAAGCGUAUUUGUGGGCCAAGAAGGCGGCCGAGAUGGGGUUGGCCAAGGCACAGUACGCUGUGGGAUACUUUACAGAGACCGGCAUAGGGACCGAUGCCGACCCACAAGCAGCCAUCAAAUGGUACAAAAUGGCAGCGGAGAAUGGCGAUCGUCGAGCUCAAAAACGUCUCACAUCCGAUCCUCGUGGUGGGUCCAAAGUGCUCGACAGAAAACUAGAGAUGGAGGCUCUGAAAGAAGAACGAAUGCUCAACAAAUCCAGUGGGAGGAACGACGGUUGUCUGAUCAUGUGA